GGCGAGACAGUCAGACGGACUGUGGGACAGAGAGUCAGACUGAGUCAGGGAACCAGCCGCACUGCCGGUUAGACAGGGAGACAGGGAGAGAGCAGGCUGUCACAGAGACUGAGGCUCGGACCAAGCGGACCCGGGCAGACACACAGACACACAGACCCGGAGCCAGACUGCGGGGCGCGGCCGGGAGCGGGGCUGGAACUGGGAGAGCGGGUUGUGCAGCAACUCUGCUGCGGGGUGUGUGUGGUCCGGUCCCCCCGCCUUGGACAGACUGGAUCGCGGGGUGGCCAGGAGGGUCACGCUUACCCUGGGACACCCCGAGUCACCCAGAGUCACCUCCCGCCCCAGCGGCCCGGACAACGGGAUGAGUGUGCGGGCUGCCCCGGGAGGAGGCGGUGGGCGGGCGGCCGCUCCGUUGCUGCCGCUGCUGCUGCUGUUGUGUGGAUGCGCGGUCUAUGGGCAGCUGAAUUACCGGCUGUCCGGCCCACCCUGGCAUGUUGCGCUGAGUGACCAGACGGUACACGUGGACUUGAGAGGGGUGAACGGGAGCGGCCACAACCUCAGCCUGACCCUGGUGGAAGCCGGCACCAACCGCACCCUGGCCACAGUCCCCGGCCCCGUCCCCUUGCCCGGCUCCCUAGACCUCGACUGCUCGCUCUUCCGCUGCGCCGGGGAACUGCUCUUCAGGCUGGGCGAGUGGAGCAGCCGCCCGCUGCCCGUCCGCUGGCCCCGCUUCCAGCUGUGGCUGGCCGCCUCGUCCGCCCGCUCCCCCGGCCGCUUCCAGCUGCUCCUCUCCAGCGUCCAGCGCCUGUGCCCGCGGGCCGCGCCGGCCCUCACCCUGCACACCGGCCCUGGCCCGGGGCUGCAUCUGCGGCUCGGCCCGGGGGGGCUGGAGCGGGGCCCGGGGGGGCUGGAGCGGGGGCCAAGGACCGAGCUGGGACGGGGGCCCGAGAGGGGACAGGAGCCUGGGAUGGCCCCGGAGCCGGGGAUGAAUCGGGGACCGGGGAGGGGCCCCGGGCCGGGGGUGCUUGAGGGGGAGCCGGAGAGGGGGUCAGGGCCGGGGGGGCUGGAGCGGGGGCCGGGGACACGGCUGGAGCGGCCAGAUCCCAAGAGGGGCCCGGAGCCGUGGAGGGACCAGGACCAGGAGCCAGGAGAGUCAGAGGGGCCGGAGUUGGAGCCGAGGACAGGGCUGGAGAAGGGGCCGGAGGAGCCGGCUGGGGUCCCGGGGUGGGAGGUGAGGCUGGAGCUACCCUGCCCGCCGAGGAGCCGGGGCUCCGCCUGGACCGUGUCGCUGCGCUCCCCUUGCUCGCCCACCCCGCUCCUGAGCCGCACCGUCCGCCCCCGAUACUCCCUGAAGCUGCCCGCCGCACCGUGCCGACACUCGGCCGCCGGUCACCGUGUACCGGGCGUGGCCGCAGCCACCGCCACCGAUGCUGCCGGCCUCACUCCUCCUGGCCGCCCUAUCCCCAGGAUCCACACCGCCCUCUAUCAACCCCCCUCCAGGAUCCACACCGCCCUCUAUCACCCUCCCUCCAGGAUCCACACCGCCCUCUAUCACCCCAUCCCCAGGCUCCACACCGCCCUCUAUCAACCCCCCUCCAGGAUCCACACCGCCCUCUAUCACCCCAUCCCCAGGAUCCACACCGCCCUCUAUCACCCCAUCCCCAGGGUCCACACCGCCCUCUAUCACCCUCCCUCCAGGGUCCACACCGCCCUCUAUCACCCUCCCUCCAGGGUCCACACCGCCCUCUAUCACCCCAUCCCCAGGGUCCACACCGCCCUCUAUCACCCCAUCCCCAGGAUCCACACCGCCCUCUAUCACCCCAUCCCCAGGGUCCACACCGCCCUCUAUCACCCCAUCCCCAGGGCCCACACCGCCCUCUAUCACCCCAUCCCCAGGGUCCACACCGCCCUCUAUCACCCCAUCCCCAGGAUCCACACCGCCCUCUAUCACCCCAUCCCCAGGGUCCACACCGCCCUCUAUCACCCCAUCCCCAGGGCCCCCUCUCCACCGGUUCCCUCCCUCUCUCCCUCGCCACCACCACCACCACACCCGACUCCUUCUCGCCCACCACCGCCACCGCCACCUUCACCCCACCCAGCUCCGGCUCCCCCCUGCCCUCCCUCGCCACCACCACCAACCCACCCGGCUUCCCCGCUGCCCUCCACUACUGCCCGGCCGCCUGUCCUCGCCCAGAGCUGGCUGCCGCCCGGGGACAGCAUCGCCCGGUUCAAGUGCUCCGUGUUCGAGAGCGGGACACACGAGUACUGCUUCCAGUUUGUCAGCGCGGACACUCCGGGCGCCGGCAGCCCCGUGCGGUGUGUGAUCCUGCACCGGCAUCCAGAGACACGGGGCGCUUGGCUCUCCUGGAGUCCGUGCAGUGUCACCUGCGGUGAGGGCGUGCGGCAACGGGUGCGGCGAUGUCUGACAUCCUCCCCGGGGACUAAUGGGUGCGGUGCGGACAGUGAGGUGUCCCUCUGCUCACUGCUGGAGUGCUCCGGGCAGGGUGGUCCCGCGAAGGUCCAUAACACCAGCAACAUAGUGACCAUCACCGGCAUCUCCUUCUGUCUGCUGGUAAUCCUGGCCACCAUCGCUAUCACCCUGCGGACCAAGCUGUCGUGUAAAGGGCCCGACUCCAACGGUGCCGAUCUGUGCGUCCCGGCCCGCCAAGCUGACAUGGUGCCCGAGCACGACCCUUCGGCCCGCCUGGACGCUGCUGUCAACAUCCCCCUGGGGUUUCGGAGGAGCCAGGUGUUUGUGCCGAGCGAGGAGGCGGCACAAGAGGAGGGCGGGUGGGUGCAGGACACACAGAAGGCGGUGCCCCCCAUAUUCGGCUACCGCCUGGCGCAGCAGCAGCUGAAGGAGAUGCAGAGGCAAGGGGUGACGGAGGGGACGCAGGUAUACCUCGUUACACAGCAGGCUGGUGGCGGGGCGCUGCCCUCCCCGGGCAAGGACGACAGCGCGGACAGCGUUGCCAACACGUUCCGCCUCAAGUGGCCGUUCCCAGCUCACACCCCCAGCCACUGCCCUCUGCCCAGCCGCGACCAACUGGCCGUGCCCCCCUUCCCGCAGCUAGACCUCCCCCUGCCCCCCGCCUCUCGCAGCCCGGGGGCAGCGGGCCACUGGGACGGGGCCGCGGGACCAGGUAGCCGGGGGGGCGGGGGGCGAUCCCUCGCCGCCGGCUUCAGGAGGGCAGCGAGCUUCGGCGAGAGCGGGGCGGCCCAGUAUUACAGAGAGCGCAGCCGCUCCUCGCCGUCGCACAGGCCCCGGGCCGGGGAGCCGGCCACAGCUGGCGACAGAUGUGGAAACAUGUUGCCCGUAACAUCUAGCGACAGAUGUGGAAAUAUGCUGCCCAUAACAUCUGGCGACAGAUGUGGCAACAAGCUCCCCGUAACAUCUAGCGACAGAUGUGGAAAUAUGCUGCCCGUAACAUCUGUCGCCAGAUGUAGCAACAAGCUACCCAACACAUCUGGCAACAUAUGUGGUACCAACAAGCUACCCAUCACAUCUGGCGACAGAUGUACCAACAAGCUACCCAUCACAGCUGGGGACAGAUGUGGCACCAGGCUGCCCGAAACAUCUGGCGACAGAUGUGGCAACAAGCUACCCAUCACAGCUGGCGACGGAUGUGGCAACGAGCUGCCCAUCACAGCUGACGACAGAUGUGGCACCAGGCUGCCCGAAACAUCUGGCGACAGAUGUGGUACCAACAGGCUUUCCAUCACAUCUGGGCACAAAUGUGCCAACAGAUGGCCCGCAACAACUGGCGACAGAUGUGGAACCGACAGGCUGCCCACCACAGCUGCCAACCACAAGCAGCCCAGCACAGCUGGCGACAGAUGUGGCAGCGAGCUGUCCACCACAGCUGGUGACAGAUGUGCAGGGAUCCACAUGUGUGACCACCACAGUGCAGCGGCGGCGGAGACUGCGGGCGGCGGGGCCGAUGGGUUGGGGGUGAGCUGGGUCUUUGGCGAGGUGGACACAUUCCCCGGCAGGAGGCAGCGAGGGGGCCCGGGAGAUGGGGCUGAGCCCGGGAGGGCCCAGGGCAGCAGCCCGCUGUCUCGCCACCUGUGCCGGCAGGGCCGCUGUCGGAGCUUCCCCAGCGAGCCCGCGGCCAUGCACUUCGACAACACGGCCUUUGAGCUGAGCGCCUCGGAGCAGCGCAUCAUCGACCUGCCCGCACUGUUUGGGCCGCACUCACCCGGGGAUGAGGACAGCAGCACUUUCAGCAGCGACAGGCUGGUCAUCUGAGGCCGGACAGCCAGGGGGCGGAGAUGCAGAAACAAGGAACUGCACAAGCUGGGGGUUAGACCACAGGCAGGCACACAGUGCUGGAGUCACCCAGCAGGUCAGGCAGCUUCUCUGGAGAACACCAAUAGCUGACAUUUCGUGUCUGAUGGUCCCAACCCGCUGAGUUACUCCAGCACUUUGUGUUCUACUCUGACAAUCAACCACUCUUGACCCCAGAGCACAGGAUUAUGGUGAGAGGGGAGAGAUUUAAGAGGGACCUGACUACAGGUGCUGUCUGUACAAAGUUUGUACCUUCUCCCCGUGACCGCGUGGGUUUUCUCCAGGUGCUCCGGUUUCCUCCCAC